GCAAUAACUGUGUCGUCCCAGUAUUAGCCGUCGCAAUGAAGUCUGCUGUAUUGUUCCUGUUGGUGGUGGCGGCGGCGGCGGCGGAGCGGCUGCAGCCCAACACGCGCUACCACGAGACCGAGGGCAUCCCGCGCAUGCAGGAGAUCCAGCGCCUGGAGGAGGGCACGGACUUCGACGGCGGCCGCAUCUGGGGCGGCCAGGCCGUGGGCGCCGGCACGCAGCCUCACCUGGCAAGGCUCGUCAUCACCUUGACCACUGGACAGUUGUCGAUUUGCGGCAGCUCGUUGAUCAGCAACACGCGCUCGGUGACGGCGGCGCACUGCUGGCGCACCAACUCCAUGCAGGCGCGCCAGUUCACCGUCGUGUGGGGCUCCAACGCGCUGAUGUCCGGCGGCACGCGCGUGGUCAGCACCAACGUGGUCGUGCACCCGCAGUACAAUGCUAACACCCUGAACAACGACGUGGCUGUCAUCAGACACAAUUCCGUCGCGUUUAACAACGUUAUCAACCGCAUCGCCCUGGCCACCGGCUCGAACAGCUUCGCGGGCACCUGGGCUGUGGCUGCUGGGUACGGCCGCAACGGUGAUGGUUCUGGCUCAUCCAACCCUGGCAAGUUCCAAGCCAACCUGUUGGUCAUCACCAACGACGUGUGCAGACAGACCUUCGGCAACACCAUCGUGGCGUCCACGCUGUGCGUGAGCACCGCGCACGGCAGCAGCACCUGCCCCGGCGACUCCGGCGGCCCGCUCGCCGUCGGCUCCGGCAACAACAGGCAACUGAUCGGCAUCACCUCGUUCGGCACCCAAUGGUGCGCGCGUGGUUUCCCCGCAGGAUUCGCUCGUGUCACGUCCUUCGCCUCCUGGUUAAGCAGCCAAUGAUUGAUGCAGACACGACACAACGUAGCAUACAAAAUUAAAUAAUAAAUUACGGAAAUGUC